CGUUACGCACAACGGAAAUAAACUUUUGGGCAAAGGGAGCACUAAACAACUUACUUAUUUAUUGCAUUCAGAAUUUAUCUUGACAUUAAUGUUCAUGAAUUCACAAUGGAAAAAUCAAUUUGAGUAGUUAAGAGUAAGAAUGGUAAUCCCCCAAACAUUGACUUGUAGUGCUUUUUAAGGCCGACAAUAUUCAACGCGCCAUUUGUUCUGGGAACAUUUUACCAUAAAUAAGGAUCAAAAAUGACCUUUUUGCCAUAACCCACGCAAUUAAACUGCUCCUUCUUUUCUCGUUUGUUGACUAUUAUUCUCUAUAAAUACCCCAAAAAACACGAAAUUAUAAGCAAAUCAUAUGACGACCACAUAUGAUAAAAUGAAGAUUUUUUCGUUUUGGCUCUUUCUCCAUUUCUUCCUUCUUUCUUCUUCUUCUCUAAGCUGUUCUUCUUCUGCAGCCAUGGAUAAAAUUAGCAAUAAUAAUGAUACUGAUAAAGUAACCCAAUUUGUCAAUUGCCUCUCCAGUGAAAAUAAUGGCAAUUAUAAGCCAAUCCCGCAGGCCCAAAUCUACCGGCCGGACAAUGCCCAAUUCAAGCCGGUUUUGGACGAGUACGUGAGGAAUCUCCGGUACAACACCACCGCCACGCCGAAGCCGGCCGUCAUCGUGACGCCCUUGACGGAGGACCAGGUCCCCGCGGUGGUCCUGUGCGCCGUCAAGUCCGGCCUCGAGCUCAGAACCCGGAGCGGGGGGCAUGACUACGAGGGACUUUCGUACGUCUCCCGGGCUCAGUUCGUGAUCCUGGACAUGUUUAAUCUCCGGGAGAUUGAUGUGGAUAUUGGGACGGAGUCGGCGUGGGUCAAGGCCGGCGCGACUCUCGGCGAGCUCUACUACCGGAUCUACGAGAAGAGCAAAAUCCACGGGUUCCCGGCAGGGGUGUGCCGCACCGUCGGCGUCGGCGGCCAUAUCAGCGGCGGCGGGUACGGGAACAUGCUCCGGCACUACGGGCUGAGCGUGGACCACGUGGUGGACGCGCGAAUCGUCGACGUCAACGGGAGGAUUCUGGACAGGGCCGCCAUGGGGGAGGAUCUCUUCUGGGCGAUCCGCGGCGGCGGCGGCGCCAGUUUCGGAGUGAUCCUAGCGUUCAAAAUCCAACUCGUCCGGGUGCCGCCGGCAGUAACGUAUUUCCGGGUCGAGAAGAUCGGGCCCCAAAACUCGACCGCCGUCGUCACGGAGUUCCAGAACGCCGUCACAACCAUGGACAGCCGGCUUUUCGUCCGCCUCCUUCUCCAGCCCAACACGCAGAAUAAAUCAAAGACGGUUAAAGUCACCGCCAUCGGUUUAUUCCUCGGCGGCAAGGCGGAUCUGGAGAAAAUCACCGACGAGAAAUUCCCGUCUCUGCAACUGAAACCCGCCGAUCUCAUCGAGAUGACCUGGAUCCAGUCCGUUCUUCAAUGGGACAAUCACGAUUACAUCGCCACAAAACCCGAGAUCCUCCUGAGCAGAGUCUCCGAUCCCCUGAAGUUCGGGAAGAGGAAAUCCGACUACGUGAGCACUGCCAUCCCCAAAUCCGGACUCGACGCCCUGUGGACCAAACUGGCCGCCGGAAAAGUGGGGCUGGUGUUCAACUCCUACGGCGGCGACGGGAAUUUCACCAAAAUCCCAAACACCGCGACGCCGUUCCCCCACCGCGCCGGAAUCCUAUUCAAGAUCCAAUACUCCUUGUCGUGGGCGGAGAAAGACGACGGGACCAAGUUGCUGGACCAAGCCAAGGAUCUCCACACUUUCAUGACUCGGUUCGUGACCCAGAACCCGAGGCAGGCGUACCUGAACUACCGGGAUCUCGACAUCGGCGUCACCGACAACGGGCUCGACCGGUACAACAAGGCCAAGGUGUACGGAGAGAUGUACUUCAACGAGAACUUCGACCGGUUGGUGGAGGUGAAGAAGGCGGUCGACCCACUGAACUUUUUCAAGAAUGAACAGAGCAUCCCGCCGGGGAAAUGAGGCCUGCAAACAGCCGACGGAGUUCUAGAAUUUAUACGCUCUUUGUAUUUAUUUAUAUUUCGGAACCCUCACUUUACAUUUAUUACACAAUUGCACUCCUUCCAUUGUUGUUACGAAUUAUAGUACUCCCUACACGUCUCGUCUACAUGUAUUUUUAUUCAAUCAAAUCCAAACAUUUGGCAAAGUAUCUCUUUUAUUCUAGGCAAAGACUCAAAGGUA